UUUUUUUACCUAAAUCAGUCAUGAAUACGAUGUCGACUGUUAAAAACGUCGUCUGCUGUUAUGUAUUUCUCUUCAUUUUAUCAGUAUUUGGCAGCAGAGAGGACGUGCGGGCUACUUUGCAGAUAUGCAAAAAAGGCCUGGAUGUUUCUGAUGAAGAGCUAGAAGCGUUUAUUAAGCCGGCUGUCCCAAAGACCGAUUAUGAGAAAUGCCUGUGGGCUUGUACAUUAAAGGCAUACAACAUCAUAAAAGAAGGAAAGUACGAUCCGGACAUGGCACUUGAUGUUGCGAGGGACAUGUUAAAAAAUAGGCCGGAAGGGUUGAAGAAAAUUGAAAAUUUCAUCAAUUACACCCGCCAAGAAGUUGAGGAGAUGGAUGACGAAUGUGAGCUGGCUAGCGAAAUUGUACACUGCUACGGCAAAUAUGAAAAAUUUGUAAGU